UUUAUCCCUGUGCUACCCCUGGUGUCAGGUCCAUGGCCCAUUUCUCAGAGGUGCCUCCUCUUAGUGGCGAUGCAAGAGACAGGCUACGAGAUGGAGGUUGGCUUGCUCUUACAAAGGACCAGAGGCACAGGCUGGGUCCAGAUCUGCUCAGCUAACACAUUAAUUUGUGAGCUUUCUUUGACAGUAGAGCAGAACCAACCAUUCGCUUUUAAGUUUCAGCCCCGUCACAGCCUCCCAUCAGCUGCCAUAUAGGCCAAUAGGCUCUCUCUGUUUCACACACUCAUUCUUCCCAUGCUUUCAUUAAGGUCUCCAUUUCUGUUCACACCCAGAGUUGAAAUCGUGUGCAUCUGGAAAGUCACCUUCUGCCUAGAGGAGCUGGUGGAUGUGAGCAGAACCCGGACCAGCAGCGAGGCUUUUCUGAUGCUCCAGCUGGAGAGGAGACAUCAAGGCUGACGGCUGUUGAGCUUCUUUCUGAACAUCGACUUCAUUCUUCUUUUGUUUAAACUGUAGCUGGGUGAGAUCAGUUACGGCAGGUGAAAAGCACAAGGGGAUACAAACACAGAAGAAUAAAGGAAGGAGAAGAGGAUAGCAUCCCUUAGCAGCGACAGCAUUUCCAGCCGUGCAGUCUGCAGCAGUGAGCAGCAUUCCCGCAGUGAUGGAAUCACGCAGCAUGGUGGUGAGCAGCACGCUUGCCACCUUCUUGGUUCUGCAUCUGGGUCUGAUCCACGUUAUGGCUCAGCAAAGUGAACUACAGAUUGGAGUGGCAGGACAGACAGUGAUCCUGAACUGUGGAGGCAUACCUCAUAAAACAGAGGUGACCUGGAAGUACAAUAAUAAUAAUCUUCUUAUAAGGCAAUAUGGAGAUAACUAUUUGAAAGGCAAAGCUACCAUGACCAAUCGAUCAGAAAUUGACCGCAGGAGUAAACACCUGAAGGUGUUGGACUUAAGGCUCUCCGAUGCUGGCACCUACACCUGUGAAUAUGACUCUCACGUAGUCAGUAUCUCACUGCAUGUCCUUCAAUUGACGAUUUCUUCAGAUGGGUGCUUCCUGGCGAAUGAAGUCCCUGAGCUGACUUUAAUGCAAAGUUCAUCCCAUUCUCUACCGGAUCUCACUAUCACGGUGUCUGACCAUAACAAGAACACAGUAAGAUCAACACCCUCAGAAAACACGACCCGUCAAAAGUACAUACUGAAGUUAAAGCAGCUGGAGGUUACAGACAGCGGGACCUGGAUGUGUCACAUCCAUUCAGACUCUCCAUUGAUUAAUCAAAACAUCUCCUUUGAUGUGAAGGUAUUAGGUUUUCGGAAUCCAAAUUUCAAAAGAAAGUAUGUAACUGUUGACAGCACUGUCAUCUUGUCAUGGCUCCUGAACUUCCAGAAGAUAAAAUGGAAAGAAGGUUUCACAGGACAACUGAAUUGGAAACAACAGGAAAGUGCAACCGCCCAUGAGCUACUUAAUUUCAGUGUCACAGCACAAGGAGAGCAGCAUGAGACCCAAAAAAGCAGUCACUUUUGGUUUGAGAUACCUGAAAGCAAACCUGAAGGUACCAUAAAAGUGGAACUCCCCAAAGUCCAUUUCAACCACUCUGGGCAGUACAAGUGCGAACUGGCGUACAAGGGAAGAUUCUUGCAGAGCAGGAUAGACCUGGUGGUGAUGAAAGUCUCAGCAAGCCACGCAGGGCCGCUCCCCAGAGGAGCUGAGAUGACCCUGACUUGCCAAGUCUCUGGUCCACUCGCAUCCAACGCCCACUUGCUCUGGGAACGUGUGAAUGGGACGGAGAUGGACAGCAGGAAGUCGGAGCAGCAUGAAGUAAAGGUGAAAGUCAGUGCUGCAGGGCUGUGGAACUGUCACCUCAUAGAAGACAAUGACAGGAAGAUCAGCCUUCAUUACCCCGUGGAGGAGACUCCUGUUUGGAACAGCUACGUGACAAUUGGAGCAAGUAUUGGAGGCAGUGUAUUAACACUUGGCCUUGCGUGCCUGUGCAUCAUCAGUAGCAUAAGAUGGCAGCGGAGAAGGCAACACAGAAAAAGGAUGGCACAAGCAAGACAAUACUUGCUGGAAAACAAGACAUGUCAGUGUCAACGCUGGCUCAAUAAGUAAUAUUGCAGCACUGGGGUCAGAAGGACUGAUGAAGUCUCUGCUUGUACCUAAUCACCGGCCAGCGCAUAGUGCUCUGUUAAUACAUCUUUCUCCUGUUUUGAUGUAAUUCUUUAUUUCUUCAUCAUUUUCCCAGUCUAAUGCCACAGAGGGAUGUGGUCUGGCUAGAAGCUGAGAGACAAGAUAAGAAACCCUUAAAGGUUGUAAUUGGUCACCAGUUCUGUAAUGAGAGACAUUGAAUAGUAUCUCUAUAUAUACACACACACAGAGAGUUGCAUUUUGUGCGUGCACUUACUUUGACCUUCUUGUGGAACCAAUUUUAUGCAAUUCUUUUAUCUGCCUGAGCUACAAUAAAUUACUUUGAGGUUGGGUUAGUUUGGG